ACAUUACCGACUAACAACGUGUCAAACGAGGAAUUCGACAGCAUUCGAAAGGUCGUCGCGCAGCAGACGACAUUUGUUUUUCGGAACUAUAGAACAGUAAAUACAGUUUUUUAAACUGAAACAAUAGAAAAGGAAUUAGAACGCUUGGCAUAAUUAACAGCACACAGCUGAGAGUUUUGUGUAUCGAACCGGUGGCAUUGUUGGACGUUAAUUUUUCCCGCCCGUGUGUUUGAUAGUUAAUAAAUUAUAUGCUGGCAAGAGUAGGUCUAUUUAAAACAAUUACCCGAUUUCAACCGUCAGUUGUUGCUUUUGGUCAAGUGAACGAGUCCCACAGCAAAGCGACGAUGGACAAAUUCUCGCUACCCGAACGUUUCAUAGGAACUGAAAAAUCAGUUUGGGUGGAAUACAUUCAACUAGCACUUCAACACAAGCCGCUAAACCUUGGACAAGGAUUUCCUGAUUUUCAUGCACCAGAAAAUGUAACCAAAGCUUUAGCUGCAAGUGCAACUUCGGAAAAUCCAUUAUUGAAUCAAUAUACCAGGGGUUUUGGUCACCCAAGGCUGGUCAAUGCAUUGAGCAAACUUUAUUCGAGAAUUUUGAACCGUGAUCUGAACCCCAACAGUGAGAUUUUAGUUACCUCUGGUGCCUACGAGGGGCUCUUUGUAGCAAUUCAUGGGCAUACAAGACCCGGCGACGAAUGGAUUAUCAUCGAACCUUUCUUUGACUGCUAUGAGCCAAUGAUUUUGGGAGCUGGCGGCACUCCGAGAUUUAUCGCUUUGAAGCCAAAAAAAACAAGUGGAAAUGUAAGCUCCGGAGAUUGGGUUUUGGAUAAAGAGGAGUUAGAAGGACUAUUUAAUGAAAAAACGAAGGGUAUCAUUGUUAAUACACCUCACAAUCCUACUGGUAAAGUUUUUACACGAGAAGAAUUACAGGUCAUUGCAGACUUGGCGAAGAAGUGGAAUGCUAUCGUAAUAUCCGACGAGGUGUACGAAUGGCUCGUUUACAAGCCAAACGAACAUGUUAGAAUAGCAACUCUGCCCGAUAUGUACGAACGUACUAUUACCAUUGGAUCAGCGGGCAAAACCUUCAGUGUGACUGGCUGGAAAAUUGGUUGGGCUUAUGGACCAGCUAACCUGAUUUACAAUUUACAAAUUGUUCAUCAAAAUACAGUUUACACUUGUGCGACUACUGUUCAGGAAGCUAUAGCUAUCGGGUUCGAGCAGGAAAUCGCGAGGUAUGGUCAGCCAGAUUGUUACUUUGAGAGUUUGGCAAGGGAUUUAUUGCCGAAACGAGACUUUAUGGCGUCGUUUUUACGUGAGGUUGGAAUGAACCCUACUGUACCAGAAGGAGGCUACUUUAUGAUCGCAAACUGGACAGCUUUAGCAGAUAAAGUGAACCUUGCCGCGGAAAAAGACCAAUUUAAGGAUUAUAAGUUCACGAAAUGGAUGACGAAAAACGUUGGUCUCCAGGGAAUUCCACCAUCUGCCUUUUACAGCACUGAACACAAGCAUUUGGGCGAGGAUAAUGUACGAUACUGCUUCAUAAAGAGAGAUGAAAACUUGCAAGAAGCAGCCAGAAUUCUGAAAGAGUGGAAAGCGCGACGGUAAUCGAAUUACCGAAAAACUAGAUCUAAUUUUAAAAGAUUCCCAACUAGAACUGGAUUGUCACCCUAUGUAUAUGAAGUUUGUAUAUUUUUAUGUAUCUAUGUGCCGCUUGUACAAGAAUAUUUAUCUUU